UUUCAAGUAUACAAAAAAAGUUUGUUUUGUUUGUUUGUUUUUUAAAAAGCGCUUUAGUCGACCCUAUGCAAAAACCCUGAAAAUUGUGUUUUGGGAGGUACCACCCCCUGAGUUUCAGAAAUCAUCAUUUGAAUAGUACUUAUCAAACGAGAAAUGGCACAAAAUCCAAAAACCGAAUCAAAAGCAGUUUCACCCUACUUGUAUUAUAGCCGUAUAUUAGUAAGUUACCUACUACAUAUAACCUUUUUAUGAAUGCUUUAAAGCAAACUUUAAAAUUUGUAUUUUUUUUAAAUACCCAAAUAUAUUAGCCGAAAAAUUCUCACUCGACAGCUCCCCCCCCCCCAAAAAAAGAGGAGAAAAUACUUCAAUCCCUGCAUAAAAUUUUAUUCGAUAUAGGUACUGCAGCAAAAGUCUUGAAGAUUACAAAUUCUUAUUUUUUGUUCACGUUCCAGAUGUAUUACCAAAAAAAUACGCUCACGUCACGAGAGUAGAAUCAUAGAGAAAGUUCAAUUUCAAUUGAAAAGGCUAUCGCAAUAAACAAAGACUCGCUGGAUGAUUCGAAUAAUUUUGUUACUUCUAACCUAAAACUGAAAUGUAUUUUUUCUACAAGAACAUCCGUUUUUUGUCCAUCCUGGUGAUGUAUUUGCUGUCUAAAAGUGUUGAAUCCUUGUCUGAUGACAGCGAUGGCCAAGGAAUAAGCUUCCAUGAUUGCAGCGCGCACACCUUUUGCGCUACUUGUAUGAAGUCAAAUUUUGGUUGCAAGUGGUGCGUGGAUACGAGAACAUGUACCAAAAAUGAUUGUUUAUCGCGCAUUGUUGUUUUUGCAGGAGAAAGCCAUAUUGGCCUAUGUCAUAAACAUGAAACUUGCGAUAUAUUCAACACUUCCCCUAAAUGCUUUGAGUCAUCCCAAUUCUACGACUGCGGUUGGUGCAUCUCUAAGAAUAAUUGUACUAAAAAGACAGAUUGUUCCAGUUCUGGUGAUCCACCAUGGAUAAAGAAACGUGACAUUGUAGAAAAUUCAUUGUUCAAGGUUGUAAAUGCUACAGAUUUGAAAUAUGGCGAAUCAGAAAAUAUCCUAUUGCACUCAAGAAUAAAGUAUUCCAAUGCAUCUUUAGUUCAAGCUGUCUUCAAGUGUCAGCUUACCUCUGCAAACUCAAAACUCAACUUUCCUAUGAACGCGACCAUUGUACAGAAACAGAAUGAUGCAAUGGUGAGCUGUUUGCUACCCAAAUCAAAUGAUACACUUUUUCUCCCACUCGAACACUUUACCGCUGCAGCAAACAUAUCUCUCUAUACACGUGCAAACACGACAUCACCUAUUUGGAGAACAAACGUUACAUUUUUAGAUUGUCGAGCUUAUUCGUCCAAAAGAAAAUGCAUGCUAGGCUCUCAAUGCCACUGGUGCAAAGAUGAAGAGAAAUGUAUAUACAGAAAUAGUAAGAAAACAGUAUGUCCAAAUUCGCCAUCUUCUUCGAUUGAUUCAUUCUGGCCUGUAAAAGGCCCGCUGCAAGGUGUCACAAAUAUAACCAUUCUAGGUGAAAAUUUCGAAAUUAGAUUCGAAAACUACCAAAAUGCUGUAAAUGUAGCUGGCAUACCUUGUAAAUCAAUAAAAUAUGAGGAUAUAUCCUCAAAAAAGAUAAAAUGUACAAUCGAACCACCAUCUUCUUUUCAAGUUUCUGAAGGCAAAAUUCAGGUACACGUGGAUGAUAAUGAUAAAGAUAUCUGGUCUGACACAAAUUUCAUGUUUGUUGAACCAAAUAUCACUAACAUUGAUCCAAAAGAAGGGUUCUAUUCUGGUGGCACUGAAUUGACAAUCAAAGGAGAACAUUUAGACGCUGGAAGCUCGAUCAUUGUAUCAAUUGGCAGUCAACCUUGCACAAUAUUCUUCUACAAUUCAAGCAUAAUACAAUGUAUUUCUAGUAAAUCCGACACCACUGCAGAAGAAGAUAUGGUGAGCGUAGUAUUUGAUAAAUAUGCUCUCAACUUCACUAAAAACUCAUACAAGUACAUCAAAGAUGAGGAACAUGAUGAAAAUGGUUUCAAUGUUCAUCCGAAAGGUAUUCCUCAGGGUGGAAUUCAAAUUCUGCUACAAAAUAUCACCUCAGAACAUAAUGAAUUAAUAUUCAAUGUGGAAUACCAAAGCAACAUACAUAAUGGCUCGUGCAAGUUUCAAGAUUAUUCUACUGUAAUAUGUUCAUCUCCUCAGAUUCCAAUCAACAGUAAUUCAAUUGAUGUGACAAAUCCUAUAAAAUUGGACUUCUCGCUGACAGACCCAACUGCGCCAGAACUGAAUGUUCUCUUUGCUGAAUCUCAGUCAUCAACUUUUCUCUUGUAUCCUAGUCCGAGGUUUGAUUAUUUUUCCAUCUCUUAUGUACCUUUAAACAGAAAACACUACGUAAUCGUCGAAGGAAAGAACAUCAACAAAGCUUGCCAAAAAUCAGAUUUGAUUGUGAAGAUGGAAAAUGCAACUUGUGAAGUAAUUUCACUAUCCUCAAUUCGUGUCAUUUGCGUUCUACCAGAAUUUUAUUCAUCUGAAUGUACUCAGGCAAAAUGUGAUAUUAAAGAGGAUGGAAAUAUCAUGAUAGAAAUUGGAAACAAUUUCACAGCGUCUGUUACCAAAAAAUCCCCAUCUUCAGAACCAAUUGGAAACAAUCUCACAGCGUCUGUUACCAGAAAAUCCCCAUCUUCAGAACAGUAUCUAAAAAAUCCAACACCAUGGAAUAUAAUAUAUGCUUUCAUUGGCAUUUUAAUAGUAAUACCCUUUAUUACUUCAAUUGUAUGUUGUUGUUGUUUUUGGAAGAUGCGAGUAAAAAAUGCACAAGCAACUGAGGAAAUGGAGCGUCGUGUUAAUCAAAUACGUAUGGAGACAAUAACUUUGCGACAAUGCAUCAAGAAAAUUGUAAUUGAAAAUGAAGUUGAGCUGGAUGAAAAUUCAUCAAACAUGUUGAAAUUACCAAGCGUAACAAUUGAAUAUGAACCUAUUUCAAAUACAGGAAUUCUGAUUGACACAUCAUUAGAUGCAGGAUAUCUGGUACCAAUUGAUCAUAAGUGGGAAUUUCCAAGAAGCAGCCUUACUUUUGGAAAGAGCCUAGGAGAGGGAGCAUUUGGCAAGGUCGUUGCAGCAGAAGCAUUUGGAAUCAUUCAUCAAAACCUCACCAGUACUGUUGCUGUUAAAUCGUUGAAAAAUGGACACUCGGAUGCGGAUAUGAUCGAUUUAGUGUAUGAAAUGGAGAUAAUGAAAUUAAUUGGAUCACAUGUCAAUGUUUUGCAACUUUUGGGGUGUUGCACUCAAGAUGGAGAAUUACUCAUCAUAACUGAAUUGGCUCAACAUGGAAAUCUUCGUGACUUUCUUCGGAAAUAUCUACCUUCUUCUAAAGAUGAACUAAUACCCAACAAUUUGACUAGGAAAACAUUACUAUUGUUUGCUCAACAAGUGGCUAAAGGGAUGGAAUAUUUGGCCUCUAAAAAAUGUGUUCAUCGAGAUCUUGCUGCGCGAAAUAUUCUGGUAUCUGAUGAUUACAUCAUGAAAAUAGCUGAUUUUGGCCUUGCGAGAGAUAUCCAAAACAAAGAGUAUUACAGGAAGAAAACAAAAGGCAGAUUACCAGUUAAAUGGAUGGCUCCUGAAGCGCUGAGUCAUGGUCGUUAUACCUCUAAAUCAGAUGCAUGGUCUUAUGGCAUCCUACUUUGGGAAAUUCUGACUUUGGGUGCAACGCCUUAUCCUUCACUACAAAAUGUGGACAGAUUAUUGUACACUUUACGCUCUGGGUAUCGAAUGGAAAAACCUCCUAAUUGUUCUGUUGAUACGUAUAGCCUGAUGCAAAAAUGUUGGAGUUUUCUGUCAGAAGAUCGUCCAACAUUUACGAUGAUUAUUGAUGACCUGGAUGAUGUAUUAAGUCAUACUGCUGAUGAGGCUCUUGAACUUGAUAAUAUCUAUCGGCUGGAUGAUGAACAGUGCAACCCAAUUGAUGAAGAAGAUCCAGUGGACUCUGAAUCUGAAUUCUGAAUGAACAAUUUUGCAGUGCUUUGAUUUUGAUUCAUUACUUAGGUACCUAUCUAUUGCUGUUGUUAUGGGUAUACUAAAUGCAUUUUUUGAGUGAGCAAAAAGCGAAUAGUACUGGGUGAAUGACAACAUAGAUAAUAUAUUCAUACGUAUAAAUUGCAUUUUUAAUGAUUAUUUUAUUUCUAUGCUUACUUAUCUUUUUGAGAAAUAUGUUUCUCCAUGUUUAACAUCUAUUUAGACUACCUGUAGGUAUACCUAUCUACGUAUUUAUAACUAGGUGUUUUAUUCGUUAUUUUUGGAUUUUAAAUUUUACAAUAGUAGCUUAUUAUUUUUGCUGGGAUUUUAUAUAAUUUACAUUAUACUCGAUGUUUUAUUUUAAUUAAAGGUAGGUAGGCUAAUUUUUAUUUUAAUCAAUGAUAUUAAGGUUACAUUUUUCUUUAUUUUUUUCCCAUGAAUGUUCGUUCUCUCAUUUCAUAAACCCUCAAAACUCUUUCAAUGCCGAGUACGCAUCCUGCAUUCACAUUCCGGAAUACCUACUUAAUUUCAGCCUUUCAGCGUUAUCGGAUACAUCGUUCCAUUUGGCAUACCUAAUUUUAAUGAAAAUUGUCGCUCUGAUAGACACCAUGGACGAUGUAUAAUCAUAUCGCUUAUUUCACUUAUUUGAAUGACCGCAUGCGAAUAAAUGAUUCAUUUUUUCAAUAAUGGAAAAACGUUAUUUUCAUACUGUCUAUAGUAUGUAUCAAAUUAGGUAGGUACUAGGUAUAUCUGUUUAGUUCAGGUCUCAGUUAUAUAUGUAUCUGUGGAAAGUCCUGGAAUACGCUCCAAUGCUCCAUUUCCGUCUUUAGUCGUUCGGAUUUGGGCCUUGGAGUGUUCUACUAAGUAAGGAGCAUCUCAGGGCACAGGACUUUUUAAAUUUUUCGAGAUGCAUUAAAAAUAUUGCAAGUUGCCACUUCAGUUUUUAAUACUGAAUGUACUAAAAUAUGAAUUUUUCAUGAAAUGA